UUCAAGUUACUAUAUAUACAUCACGACUAGCGGCUAGAUGGCUGCUUUGGUGAUGGCAAAGACUUCUGGAGCUAAGCCAAACAUGCCCUCCAGCUCCACUUAUCGAUCAGAGUUUGAAUUUCGUUUGGAAGACAUCGUUAACCUUAUCGAUGAUGGCUUGCUAACACAUGAGCAUUUAUGUAGGAUUUUGAAGCAACUUAUAGCAAUGACAAGUAACAGUCAAGUUAGAAGCUUAUGGACGUCACUGCAACCGUUAUUGCACCGAGAUUUCAUGUUUUCCGGACAAAAAUUCGAACCAGAAGUCGAAUUUCAACCAGUCAGCACUGCUUUGAGUCGUGAAAUCCGGACGCAUUUGACAAAAACUCGAAACGUCUCUAGAUAUCACCGAGUUCAAAGUGCACAUUUGACCAAUGAGGAAGAAGUAUUUAGAGUUAACAAGUUGCCACCAAUCGACAGUAAAAGUAUUAACGAAUCGAAUAACAAGUCAUCCAGUGAAAAAAUGAGAACACAUUUUCCCAAAAUCCGACAACCUCCGAAAUCAUACGAAACAACUCGAAGCCAAGUUAGAUUUCGGACAAAAAACAAAGACUCUGACGAAAAAGUCCGGAAACGACUUAAACUACUCGGGGAACAAAAAUAUAACGAAAUCCGUGCAAAAGUGGAGAAUUUGUUUGUAUGGUUUGAAGAAUGGACAAAUCCGGAACGUUCUAUUUUUUAUCGGAAAGUUUUGCCGAAGUUGGAUAUGAAACAACUGUACUUUUUGUCAACAUACUUAUCCGUUCGUCACAAUUGCGAUUUUAUAUCGAAACUACCCAAAAAUCUAGCAUUAAAAGUCUUGAGACAUUUGUCUCCCAAAGAUUUGGCGCGCGCAGCUACAGUGUCAAAAAAAUGGAAUAAGUUGUGUUUGUCUGGAGUUCUUUGGGAGGAAAAAUGCGAUGAGGUGCGUAGCCAAAUAGCGACGCCAAGUGUAACCUCGAGACCAGGGACAACACGUGGGCAUUAUGACGUAUAUCGAUCCAACCAUAUAAGACAAAGAAACUGGUCGCGGGCAAAAUGUGCUCAUGCUCAUCUUGAGGGACAUGAUGGAAAGGUACUCUGUGUAGAUUUCAAUAAUAGAGUGCUCGUGAGUGGGAGUGCUGAUGGCACUAUUCGUGUUUGGAGUCUGCGCAGUGCUACAACAAUUCAAGUGUUAAAUGGACAUACCAAAGGCGUUUGGUGUGUGGCCAUUUACACAGCAUGCCUUGUCAUAAGCGGUUCUUAUGAUCGCACAAUAAAAGUUUGGAAUAUUAAAAACGGCAUGUGCCUUCGAACUUUGUACGGACACACAGGAGCGGUCUGGGCUCUGGCCUGUAAGGAUCACCUAGUCGCAACCGGGUCCAAUGACAAAACUAUAAAGUUAUGGGACAUGAGGCAUUGUAAAUUAAAACACACUUACAAUGGACAUUCUAAACCCGUUUUUGCAGUCGAUAUUGCACACGAUUUAUCUAUGUUAUUUUCCGGUGCUGCUGAUCACAGUGUACGUAUUUGGGACACAGUGGAUGGAAAAAGUUUGAGAAUUAUCUGGGCCUCGAACUCUGCGCCUAUAAUGAGCUUAAGUUAUGCUGAUGGUUUAUUAGCGUAUGCUGCCGAUAACCUACUUAAUAUAUGGGACGUUAAAAAUGAAACUAAUAUAAGAACCUAUAAAGGACACAAAGAUCGAGUUGAAACCCUGAAGUUAAGCGUAAAAGAUAAAGAUGGCGAUCGAAUGGUCUCACUUCUAAGCGCUGGGCGGGACGGGAAGGUGAAACACUGGCGUUUUGGUAAAAAAGAUCCCGUUAAAACAAUGGUAGCCCAUAAAGACUGUCAAGUUAACUGUAUAGCUUUCGAUAAAAAACGUUUAGUAACUGCAUUGUAUGAUAAUAGUAUUUGCAUUUGUGAUUUUAGCGUUACAGAAGAAGUUGAUAAACAUUUGAAAGUGUGACACCACUCAAUGCUUCAUGCAUUUUUCGUGUUGGCAAAAUGCAUAUUUUUUUUAGAUAUGCUAAGGUCCAAACUAUGCUUGCACAUAUAACACUGUAAAACAGCACGAUAAUUUUUAUUAUUUAUUUCGAAUUAUUAUUGAAAAUAUAAGCAACUUUUACU